AUGGCCAUGUGCAGCAGCAUCACCUUAGCUCCUCUUCCUCAAAACCCAAAGGUGAAUCCAUUGUUGACAGCACUGGCUUCAUCCACAACUCUUACCCAUCUGAAGCAAGUGCAUGCUCAUAUCCUCCGCUCCAAGCUUGAACGCUCUAACUACCUCCUUUUCAGACUUGUCCUUUCCUCUUGCGCCAUCUCCUCAGCUUCAGCCUCAGCCUCAGGCCUCGACUACGCCCUCUCCGUUUUCUCCCAAAUUCGAAACCCAGAAACCCAUUUCUGCAACCAAGUCCUCCGUCAAUUCUCCCGCGGGCCCAGACCCGGUAAGACCCUCUUGCUCUACGAGAAGCUCAGGAGAGAUGGCUCCACUCUCGACAGGUUCAGCUUCCCGCCAUUAUUGAAGGCCGUCUCAAAAGUUUCCGCCUUUAACGAAGGGUUGGAGAUUCAUGGGCUGGUAUCUAAGUUGGGCUUCCAUGCUGACCCCUUUAUUCAAACAGGGUUGAUUGCUAUGUAUGCGGCAUGUCGCCGCAUUAUGGAUGCACGAUUGCUGUUUGACAAAAUGUCUUAUCGAGAUGUCGUUACCUGGAAUAUUAUGAUUGAUGGGUACUGCCAGAGUGGUCUUUAUGAUCAUGUUUUAAGGCUCUAUGAAGAAAUGAAGGGCUCUGGUAUUGAACCAGAUGCUGUAAUUCUUUGUACCGUGCUUUCUGCCUGUGGUCAUGCUGGAAAUUUAAGCUAUGGCAAAGCCAUCCAUGAAUUCAUUAAGGAUAAUGGUCUUGAUGUUGACUCUUAUAUACAGAGUGCUCUCGUUAACAUGUAUGCAAAUUGUGGUGCAAUGGAUUUGGCUCGAGAAAUAUAUGAUAAACUCCCAUCAAAACCUUUGGUUGUUUCAACUGCAAUGCUUUCGGGGUAUGCAAAACUUGGAAUGGUUAAAGAUGCUCGCCUCAUAUUUGACCAAAUGAUUGAAAAGGACUUGGUAUGUUGGAGUGCAAUGAUAUCCGGUUAUGCUGAAAGCGAUCAGCCUCAAGAGGCUCUUAAAUUGUUCAAUGAAAUGCAACUGCAGAGAAUAGUACCUGAUCAGAUCACUAUGCUGAGUGUCAUUUCUGCUUGUGCUCAUGUUGGGGCACUUAAUCAAGCAAAAUGGAUUCAUAGAUAUGCAGAUAAAAAUGGGUUUGGAAGAGUUCUAUCUGUCAACAAUGCCCUGAUUGAUAUGUACGCCAAAUGUGGGAACUUGGUCAGAGCAAGAGAGGUAUUUGAGAAUAUGCCUAGAAAAAAUGUGAUAUCUUGGUCCAGUAUGAUCAAUGCUUUUGCCAUGCAUGGGGAUGCUGAUAGUGCCAUAAACCUUUUCCAUAGGAUGAGAGAAGAAAAUAUUGAGCCCAAUGGGGUUACGUUUAUAGGUGUCCUUUAUGCAUGCAGUCAUGCAGGUUUGGUUGAGGAGGGCCAGAAAUUCUUCUCAUCCAUGAUUAAUGAGCAUGGCAUCUCUCCCAAACGUGAGCAUUAUGGUUGCAUGGUUGACUUGUAUUGUAGAGCCAAUCUCUUGAGAAAAGCUAUGGAGCUUAUUGAGACAAUGCCAUUCGCGCCCAAUGUUAUCAUUUGGGGAUCCCUUAUGUCUGCUUGUCAAGUUCAUGGCGAGGUUGAGUUAGGCGAAUUUGCUGCCAAACGACUUCUCGAGUUAGAGCCUGAUCAUGACGGAGCCCUUGUGGUCUUGUCAAACAUUUAUGCCAAAGAAAAAAGGUGGAAUGAUGUUGGACUGAUCAGGAAAUCAAUGAGACAUAAAGGUAUCUCAAAGGAGAGGGCAUGCAGCAGGAUUGAAAUGAAUAAUGAGGUGCAUGUGUUUUUAAUGGCAGAUAGAUAUCAUGAACAAUCAGAUGAAAUAUAUGAGAAGUUAGAUGAGGUAGUCAGUCAAUUGAAGCUGGUUGGCUACAUGCCGAGUACCUCAGGCAUUUUGAUUGAUUUAGAAGAGGAAGAAAAAAAAGUAGUAGUUCUCUGGCAUAGUGAAAAGUUAGCACUUAGCUAUGGGCUAAUUAGUGCGAGGAAAGAAUCAUGCAUUCGUAUAGUUAAAAAUCUUAGAAUAUGCGAGGAUUGUCAUUCCUUUAUGAAGUUGGUCUCGAAGGUGUAUCAAAUAGAGGUUGUUGUGAGAGAUAGGACUAGGUUUCACCAUUUUAAUGGUGGUAUAUGUUCUUGUAGAGACUAUUGGUGAUUUAUUUCUAUUAGUAAAUUGAAUGACACUGUCAUGCCCUCAUUUUUUUGCCUUCCUUGUAG